AUGGCGGCUUUUCGGUCAAGAGAUUUUAUUGCUGUAUGCACAGGAAACGUGGAAAUACUUCACGACGGGAAGUGGGGCAGUAUAUGCGACGACGAAUGGGACGACUUUGAGGCCAGUGUGGUUUGCAAGCAAUUAGGCUAUAACGGUGCAAUUAAAGCAACGACAUACGGCCACUUUGGUCAGGCUAGAAGAAGAUACUGGAUGGAUAACGUUUAUUGCGAUGGAUCCGAGAUCGAACUCGCGAAAUGCCGUUUCGACGGAUGGGGCAUUUCCGACUGCGGUAGUAAUGAAGCUGCCGGCGUCAUUUGCUCGCGCGAUGAGGAAACGAGAGCAUCGCCACCAAUUUCGCAAGAAAAGCCAGUAAAGACCAGAAUAAAGAAUACAUAUCAGCAAGGCACGGCUCUACGAUUAUCCGGAGGACGCGUACAUUCCGAAGGUCGAGUGGAAAUUAAAUUAGGCAGUACAGAUUGGGGUGUCAUCUGCGGCGACAGUUGGUCCAUUCUCGAAGCCGCCGUGGUUUGCCGUCAAUUGGGCCUCGGUUACGCUUCUGACGCAGUACAGACUAAUUUCUUCGGCAAUGGGGAAAUCAUCCCGAUAUCAAUUAGCGGGGUACAGUGCAAUGGGAAUGAGGGAAAUCUGGCAGAAUGUCUACAUGACAAGGUUGCAGAUUGUCUAGGAUCAACGGAGAACAUGGCAGGGGUGGUGUGUCAUCGGGAGAUGGCUGAUCUUGUGUUCGAUCACAUCGAACUGAUGCGCACGGCACAUUUGGAAGACCGUCAGCUGUACUGGUUGCAAUGUGCAAUGGAGGAAAAUUGCGUGGCCUCGCAAGCCUACAAGAUGCAAAGCGAGUCUGAAAAUUGGCACCUGGAGACAAGACGACUGUUGCGCUUCACCGCAAGAAUCUUAAAUGCGGGUACCGCGGAUUUCCGUCCAUCUGUGCCUAAACAUCUAUGGGAAUGGCACAUGUGUCAUAUGCAUUAUCAUUCGAUGGAAGUAUUCGCUACUUUCGACGUAAUCGAUUCGAGCGGCAAUAAAGUUGCCGAAGGUCAUAAAGCGUCCUUCUGCCUCGAAGACAAUCAAUGUAUGCCCGAUAUUCAACCCAGAUACAAAUGUGCCAAUUACGGAGACCAAGGUAUUUCCGUUAAUUGCAGUGACAUUUACAAACACAAUAUCGACUGCCAGUGGGUGGAUAUUUCCGAGCUCGAGCCAGGACAUUAUACGCUCAAGGUCGCGGUAAAUCCCGAAUUUAAAGUUGGUGAGAUGUCGUUCGAUAACAAUGCGGCGAUCUGUCGUCUCCUUUAUACAGAAACUUUUGCAACUGUCCAUAGUUGUAUAAUGGGACGUCCUUGACAUGCAAUGCGCACACGAUUGCAGAGAUUUUUCUAGCUGGGGACAAUCUACAGGGUGAGAGAUUCAUGUCAAGCGCGUUGGCGUUAACUGGACAUGACGAACAAGAGGCGAUACAUUGCAACCUUGCGAUAGAUUCAUGAACAAAUUUCAAAGUUCAAAAGUAGAAUUUCGAUUGGAAGUAAGAUGCAUCAUGAAAUUU